CCGGCGUCGACGACAUAUUGCAGCCCUACCAUCGGCAAUGGCACAUCGUGACCAUCCCUUGUCGCUGCGAUUCCUGAUUAGACACUCAGAGCCAUAAACCGCCCACAAAUCAUGCUCCCCAAGUCCCGCAAGGACCGGCUGAAGAUCGCCCUGUCCAUUGCUGGGAUGACGACGAUGCUCUACACCACCAUCGCACGAUUGCGGAGCCUGCCAUUCCCACCUGAUCUGUGGCUUCUCCAGCAGAGACCAGCACUGAGCCCAGCUAGCCCAGCACUAACACUCCAUACGAGUUCGUAGCGCACAGCAG